AUGGCUGGGGGCCCCCCCCCGGACCCGCGUGUGCAUCCAUGCCAGGAGGUCCCUCAUGAAUCGCACUUGGAGCUCAGGUGGUUGCAAAAGAGGGCAAAAGGUGUCCUUCAUCACAAGCUGACUGGUGAGAUGGUGCCCUUACCUGAGGGAGCCACAGAUCUGCAUUUUGAUGUCAAUGGCCGAGCAUUUCUCAAGGGUCCUGGUCUCUCAUCUGUGUGGGCGACUACUGUGUUGAAGCAUCAUGUCUUCAAAGUACAGACGGAGCAGACUGAGCGUUGCUUUGUAUUGACAAAGACUUCGACUGGCGGUGUGCAGCUGGAGUGGUUAGACGUUUUUCGGAAAAGUUACAAACUGCUGUAUCCCCAAGAUGCUCUACGCGGUGUCUUUGCUGACAAACAUUUGGUGCUGAUGUGGUAUCAGUAUGUUCCAGAGGGCGAAAACAAGUGUUUCUGGCAACUCCUUGGCCUUUCGCGACUGCCGCGCAAGGACCUUCUCAAGCAGCUGCGGAAAUCCUGGCUACCAGCAUUUGAAGCCAGGAGGAAUGCUGCCGAGGCCCCUCAAGCUCGUGACAUCAUCUGGCCCAAUACGACAUCCGAAGAACAAGACAGCACGAAGUCUUAUGCCCACGAUGCCUUUGCAUCCAGCAGAUUUGUGGUUUUCCUCAUGGUGCUUUUGGCCAAGCAUUACGAGGAGCCUGUCGUUUUUUUGAGGUCCCUCCUGAAACUGCUUCUGCCGGGAGAACACACCUUGCGAGUGAACCGGCAAAGACAAAAGCUUGACCUGGUCAACGGAAAGAUCGACCUCUCUCAGAUAUGUCAGCGGUCCAUCUUUAAAGCAAGGCAAGACAGGCCCCUGCCUCGGAGUCUCAGGCGGCCCUUCUCAGUACAACAUUGUCUCAUCAAACUCUUCCACUUGAAGAGUUUCAGGUGGCUGGUCUGGGACAUUGUGACAAGUCUUGGGUCCAUCCUGGAUCUUGGGGUGGCGUGCCGGUCCUUCCCUAGCGGCCCCUCCGAACAAGACACAUUUUCUUUGGAGCAAGCGGACCAUCGCGAUCCGAACAUGCGAGAGAUGCGAAUGAAGGCUGCGUUGGGCAAAGCUUGGAAUGCCAACAAGCGGAAGGCGGCCGACAAGAAAGCCAAGCUGACAUCCGCUGCUAAGACAAAACUGCGAAUGCAGGCCGAGGCCUCUCGCCGUUUUUGUGUGGCCCGUCAAAAGAAGAAGGAGAGGGGCCAGUACUUGGAAAGUGCCCGAAGGACCUUCUCUGCGAGCCGGUUCCUGCAUGUGGCUAUGGACGGAGGACGGGCAGGAGGUCGCAAGAGGUGGCUUUACUGCGUUCUAGACGCUGUCUCCCAAAUCGGCGCAUGGGCCCCUCCUCUUCGCUUCAAAGACUCUGGCUAUCGCCUCCCGGAUGCAGACAAGGUUCCUUGCGCAAGUGAACAACAACGGCUUGAUGCAAACAGUCUUCGCUUCUUGGACAGCCUGCGGGCAGUGGAGUCCGGCCCUUCCAAGGCAGUGGAGCCUGUCGUGAAGAAAGCUACCCGACACGCAUCUUACGAGCAGCUAGUGGGCUUGAACCAGACGUUGAAGUCUAUGUUCCCUGCUCUGGAAAAAGGCUUGCUGUCCUUCCGACGCACAGAGACUGCAGGCAGCCAAGAUCUCCGGUCCCUCCCCACAUUGAUCGUGACUUCCGACGCGGGGCCGGAUCUCCAGAGCGGACUUCAGUUCCUUCAGAACGGCUUGGGCAUCAGAGCUGUGUGCUUUUGGGAAGGCCGUCAUAUGCUGUCAAGGGAGCUCGAAAACGCUUUGACGCACAUCGAGCACAUGAAACCCGCCAUGAUCAUCAGUGAGAUGAUACUGAACUUCUCCAGGGGCCCUUGGCAGGGUCAUCGAUGGUUCAGAGAAGAGUGCGUCGACUUUCUGUCCAUCCUGGAAGCUGCGGGAACUCCGGAGUCCUCGGCCCUUCUGCACUUCUUUCACCCACGGGUGGCUCGCGACCUCGGGGUGAGCGAGGCCUCCCUGUGCAUGAGCCAGGUCAUGGAUGAGGUUCGACAGGCCUCUUUCCUGCAGAAGAGAGGCCCUGCGAACAUCUCCAGAUGGGAUACUUUCCACUCGGGCUGGGAAGAGAGAAGACCAGAAAUGUCCCUCUUGUGCAUGCUGCUCGUGUCCUUCGGCGUGAAGAUGGGUUUCUUGGGUAAGGCCAAAGCCACCUUGGAGGGUCCUUCUGGUGCAGGCACCGCAGCAGAGGACGAACCGGUCACGAUGUCCGGGGAGUCCAGGGCCAAGCUGUGGGCACGGUGCAAGAACAAGCUGCACUGUGUAGCCACGGCCCUUCUGAAUACGGACCUCCGCUUCGACCUGGACGCCUGGUUCUUCCUGUCGAAACCACAGUCCCAAGCUCUUCACGACUUGCGGAAUCUCGCUAAGGUGGGCCCCUCCGAAACUUUGAAGAUCCAUUUGCGAGAAGCCUCCGGCGAGCCUCUGACUAUCUGCGACCGAAUCCUGCAGCAGAUGUUUUCGCCAGAGGUGUGGGCCUUUUUGGACUUGUGGUGCAGUGGGUCCCUCCAUGGUGGAUAUGUGCAGCGGAUGGCGGGUGAUCAUCCUGAGUGUCGAUUGCAGUCGGCCCGGAUGGCCAGGAUGUUGGAGAUGACAUUGGCCCUUCUGCAUCAGAAGCUCUUGUACGCAUCGGUCCCUCUGUUCUCCUACCCGUACAGAUUGGUCCUUCUCGUAUCUCCUGACAGAGCAAUUGCUGAGGCGACCGUUCUCCAGCUGAAGCGAUGCUGGGAAGCUGAUCAGGUGGCACGACGGACAAACUCCAGAUGGUGCAAAGGGUUUGCAAAGCGAUCGCCCUUCAGUCUCUCCAUCAUGCAGGACGUGGUUCUGGCCUUUCAGCGCACCGACUGGUCCCUCUCGGAGGAAGUGAAGCAGUGGGCCCUUCGCGUUUUUUCCGGAUUUGGCGCAACGUGGAAUGAGGAGGGCUUUUCGAAGGCCCGUCAGCGAGAGGGCGCGGAGAAUAAGUCGCAUGAGAUGUCCGACCAUGAUCUCUGGCAGACUUUGUCUCUGAACGGGGUCCUUCGUGCUGCCGGUGUUGAAGAAGUGCGGGGCCGGGAUGACACGUCUGGGAUUGUCUGGCCUGGGUCCCUGUUCCACAUCCAGCGCCGCGUGCCGGAGGAGGACCUUCGGAGAAUCACUGGCAAUGCUAACUGGGCCAGCAUGACUCAACAGUCCCUCGCCAGCGCGGCAUGCGAAUUGGCUUUGCUCUGCCAAGCCGUGGAGGCCAACACCGUCAGACUCGUGGCGAAGCUCCAUGGCGAGUUUGGGCUGGCUGGUGCGGCAUUCGAGCUGGUCCUUCCCGUGACAAUGGAGACACUGCGUUGGGCGCAGAUUGAGAAGUUCUCAGACUGGAAGGUCCUUCCUGCCAGAGCCAUCAGUCCUUUGGAGCACUUCGUGAGGACCAGAGAUGCUGCCGAGUCUGCGGUCCCUCUGCUUUGGCCUACCGGCCCUGAGCUGGCCAUACUUUCAUUUGCGGCUGAGAACGGGUAUCCAGGAGUCCCUCUGACCGUCCUGAAGCUGCUCAUGAAACAGGAGUUCGGGCAGAACAUGGAUGCCCAUGAGCAGGGACAGAUUGGGGAGGUCCUUCUAGAAGGCAUCAACCAGGCCCUUCAAUGUUCUCAGGAGAAGGCAGCGGACGCCCUGGAGAUGGCCCUUCACCACCGCGAGAGAGACACUUCGGAGCUGACUGAGAUGCUGGCCCUUCCGCAUUUUGCGGAGGCCCUUCAAAGCAAGGAGGACGAGAAAAAGAUCCAUGACGCCAUCGCAGAGUCGAAGGCCAGUCAGCGUACAGUCAUGUCCAUCACGUCGAGCAUCCGGACCCUCAGGCCUGCGAAAAAGACAAAGAAUCCGAAACGCAAGCCUGUGGCCUUUCGCGGGGACUCUAAGUGGCCCACCGAGGUCCUUCAACCGUAUGCCCCGCAAGAGUACCGCGUGUACAGAGACGAUUUCAAUAAAUGUAUUCGUGCCUAUCAUAGGCGGUACGAUUGGUCUAUCUCACGUUCAUGGGGAAGGAUCGGGCAAGAAGCCGUGCCAGCCCGUGCGGUCCUUCAAGCAGUGUGGACAAGGCAUGAAGCCCUUCACCCUGCCGUAGUUUGUCCGUGGAACUUUCAGGAAGUCGUCAGAUGA